UGUCACUAAACCCUCCCCUUUUUAAGCAGUUAUAAAAGCGCCCUGAAACAUUGUGAUUUCAUUCCACUGCUGACCAAAGAUGGAUCUGCAAAUCUCGAUUGUGCUUCUCUCAAUUUUACUCACUGGAGGACACUCUCUCAAAUGUUAUAAGUGCGAAUCUGAUCCAACUACUGGUAUUUGUAACAGAACAAUAGUAACAUGUCCCAGUGGAAAUGACAAAUGUUUGAGUUCAUCAAUAGAAAUAUCCAUUGGUAACUCCAAGGUGACUUAUAUAUCUAAAUCAUGUGCAGACAAAUGUGUUUCUGGACCCGAUCAAUCCACAGCUGGAGUAACAUCUAGGUGCUGUGAAACUGAUCUUUGCAAUGGCUCAGAUGGAAUCUAUAAGGGAAGUUUCCAGCUUCUCUUGUUGCCUCUGUUCUUCUACAUCUUCUUUAAUUGAGUUCAACAGCACUUCACAUUCUGCGCUGCAGCUAAGAGGAUUUAACAUGUUAACACAUUUCUGAAUGAAUUACUUUGCCUUACUAAAUAGCUUGUGUGUUGUUUAUCUUUACUAUUUCUGUAUGUUAGAAACUUAAUAAUGUGUUUCUUAUUUCAAUCAUGGAAAACAAAUGCAUCAUUAUUAUGACCAGUGAAAUAUA